AGUAGGAUAGAAUGACUUGACAAAUACAGAUGAAUGUGCCUUCAAAAUCUUGACAAACAGGUAUGGUACUGGGGGAAGGAGGAUAAGGAUGACACAAACAGAGCGCUAGAGCACUGUCUGGAUGGUACCUACCUAGUCCGACAGAGCUCCAACCCACCGGACCAGACUAUACAUGUGGUCUACAAGGGCGUGGUCAAGUUGGUCCGGAUCUUGGUCCGGGAUGGGACGGUGGGGUUGUCUUUGGAUAAUAUGCGCUUUAAAAGUGUGGUGGAAGUCAUACAACACUUCAGCAAUGUGUCUCUAGCACAACACAACAAGGCCCUCAAUGUCAGGCUUACAAAUCCCCUCGCUAAAGAUCUUGACGAUGACAGUGCUUUCGAUGACAUACUGAAGGAAGAUGAAACUUGGGCCAUUUACGUUAACUUUUACAUGGAGUCUGAGAUAAGAAUGACGAAAGAGGAAAAGUGUCUACAAGAUCUAGCUGUAGCACAGGAAGAAGCCCAACGUUUCUCCUACCAGGCAACUGCACAGCACAUGGUAGUUGAAAUGCUGAAGGAACAGCUGGCAAUCCAACCCAUGGCUUGCAAACACUUUAGCAGCGAAUAUAUCGGAUUUAUUAACAAUAAUUUUGAGACGAUGAAGUCUAGGUUAACCGAGGCAGAGAAGAAGCUAGAGAUUUGCAGUGACCAGGUGACCAAGAUCCAGGCUAAAGUUAGGGAGCUGGUAUUGUUGAAGGAUGAUAUGGAUAAGAAGAAAACUAAGUUGUACCGGAAGAUGGAUUGGUAUGAGAGGUUACUUCCGAUAGAGGGUAUAGAUACCGAUACUAUUUCAAAUGGUAUUGCUCCCUUCACCCAGAAUUUAGGCCCAAAGAUCCUGAUAAAUGGAAUAAAGGAGAUGUGGUUUGUUGGUGAGAUGAACAGUGUGGAUGGUGACAAGCUCCUUAAAGGAAAGGAGAACGGUACCUUCUUGGUCAGACUGAACAACAACAGAAACUACGUUCUUUCUGUUGUCAACAAGAGAAAAGUGCGCCACAUCCGCAUCCACGAGAACGAGGACAGACACUUGUGCUGGCUUAAAACCACCAAACAGUUCUACUCAGUGGAUCAGCUUAUCCAGUUCUUCCAAGAUAACUCCUUAGGCCUGCAAGACAGGGAGUACACAACUAGUCUCAAGUACCCUGUUUACUAUUAGUAUUUACUGUUGUUCACAUUAAGUGUCAUAUAAAUUUAGGUGUACUGUUGGUGAGAGAUGGUGCAUCAUUUCUUUAUUUCUUUAUUGUGGGUUAAUUUUAGAUGUUAUGCUUCUUUGGGGUUUAAAAUCUGUCUUUUGGGUUUUGACAUUAUUGAUAGGUACCUUUGAAUUUAAAUUGUCAUUAUUUUAACUUAGUCAUAUUUCUGUAAGUAGAUAAUUUAGUUUCUUUUACAAUUUACAUAACCUGCAUUUCACAGAUGACCAGAUAAACAAUUUUUCUUGGACGUUAUAUUAGUUUUGUGAUGUAUCACCGUAAGGAACUACCGCUCAGUUUUUUGUUUCAGUUAUGACUUUAGUUUUCCGAGUUUCGAGAUUUUAAACUUUUUAAAUCAGAUAUCCAUUAUGUUUGAUGAACUAUUAUUAAUUACAAUUUAUUAUGGUUAACUAAAGUUAAUCAUUAAAGAAUUAUUAAUAUUAACUGUUUUGUAACGCACUUUGCGGGGAUUUGUACAUACAUUUUUCUUUUAUAGGAAACGCUAUCUCAGGACGCGAGGAGGAUUAGGACUCCUCGGACUACAUUAAAUCAAUUUCUUCUGUGAUGUCCUCAAUAAAUGUAAUAGAUUUGUAGUGCUGUAAUUAGUUUAAAUAUGUCACAUUUUAAAGUAUGUUUUAUAUUAUGCGUAGAUAGUUCGAGAAACGCCUCAAAUUUUAAACUUUACGUAUGUUUUAUAUCUAAGCCUAAACAAUCAUGUAUGUUAUCAGUUUAAGUGAUAAGAAUUAAGAAUGUACAUUCAAGAAAAAUAAUCGUUUGUGAAUGUGAAAGCGUCAGUGAUUUGUAUAUUUUUGUUAUUACUCAUGUUUACUUAUUAUUCAAUUU